CUGAGGUUCGAGGCUUCUAAGUCCUCAUUGCGCAGUCUCGAUUAUACAAUUAGCUAUUUCCGUCUUUCUUGGAUCUGCACGAUCAUGAAACGCUGUGCACGCGGACAAAGCAAACCGGAUGUAUUUUUUCGAUCAGAAGCUGGUGACAGUUCAAUCGGUAGGCCUUUCCAUAUAAGGCAAGAAGUAGGAAACAAAGAAGUAAAUUACACCUCACCUCGCAUUUAAACGAGCUUAUCAAGCUUUGUGGACUGAACAUUUCUGAGUACAUCCUGAAUGAGGUGAAGGCUUCUCCAUUCUUUUCGAUGCUGGCAGAUGAGGCCACAGAUUCCAGCAACAAAGAGCAAAUGGUCAUUGUGCUCAGAUACCUAGACACCGUGUCGUUGGAAGUCUGUGGGGCAUUUAUGUCAUUUUUAGAGUGUAAAGAAGGAACAACGGGAAGAGCAUUAGCAAAUCAAAUCACACAGCAGUUAAUUAAGUGAAUGGGGACUUGAUCUUACGAAAAUGUGUGGCCAAGGCUAUGAUGGUGCUGCCAAUAUGGCUGGAGCAGUCAAUGGAUGUGCUGCAGUUAUUUGUCGCACCUAUCCCAAAGCACUGUAUCUACACUGUUCAGCACAUGCACUCAAUUUGUGUGUGGUAGCAGCAUCAAAGUCCAUCCUUGUUACUUCAAUGUGGGCUCUGCUUAAAGAAAUUAGCUUGUUCUUUUCGUCAUCACCCAAACGUCAGGAUAAGUCAAUUAAAGUCAUCAAGUCUCAUGAAAGCAAUGAAGUAAAAGUCAGGAAGCUGGUGGAUUUGUGCUGAACACGCUGGGUGGCUUGCCACACGGCACUGGUGACAUUUCAGGCUUUGUACAGUGCUGUCGUUGACACACUGGGGCAGAUCAGCCAAGCUCCUAGAUCUCAGUGGAAUGCAGACACUACAUCAAAAGCUAGCUCUCUACUGAAAUCUGCUGUAGAUUUCGGAUUUAUAACCACGUUCGUGGUUGUUUCAGAAGCUAUGAGCUACGUUCACAGCCUUACAAUAGCUCUUCAAGAAUCAUCACUGAACAUCAUUUGUGCGUACGAAACCGUUAGUGAUGUGAAUGCCCAGCUCAAGAAGGCUCGCAUGGCUGUUGAUGGUACACAUGCUAACUGGUGGGAUAAGGCAGUGGCAAUGGUAUCAACGGUCGACACUGAGCCAUCCAUGCCUAGAGUGUGUGCCAGACAAACACAUCGAGACAAUGCUUUUGCUGUCUCUCCAUCAGACUACUUCAAGAAGGCAGUGACUAUCCUCAUGCUAGAUGAGUUAUGUGGCCACUUGGAUGCUAAGUUUGAAAAACAUCAACAGAUUGUCGUAAAAGGCUUAAGUCUUAUUCCUGAAAAUAUAGCAGCUCACCCAGAAAAAAGCAGGUUGGCAGCUUUGGCGUUUGCGGAGCAGUGCCAGGAUGAUUUGCUGAAUGGUCAUUCUCUAGCAACCUUUUCAGCGGAGUUGAAUCGUUGGUGCGAUAAUGCCGUGACUAGUUCAGAGAAAGUUCAUACCUUUGUCACUGGUAGCGUCCAUAGCACUUGCAAAGUCUAGCCCACCAUGCAUUGAGCGGUUGUUCAGUGUCAUUGCCGUCUUACCUGUUAUGACAUGCUGUUGUGAGAGAAGCUUUAGCUCUCUGAGACGCCUCAAGACGUACCUUUGCACCACAAUGAUGCGACCCCGUCUGGAUGGUCUGGUCUUGAUGCAUGUUUACUACACGAGAGAAGUGAACAUUGCUGAAGUACUUCGACACUUCUUAAUGAGUUCCCCACGGAGUAUUAUUAGUCCAAUCACGGUGAUGGCAUGGCCGGUGACAUACCCAAUAGCUCUACCGUGUCUGAAGCCAGUGAUGAAAACUCGUAUGAUGAGUAUGACUAAUGUGAGUGUUUAUAAACAGUCUAUACAGUUGCAUAGACUUAUAUGAUUAUACCUAGUUAUAUGAUAAUCACAGGCAGUGUAGACUAGUUAUCAGCAGUUCUGUUCUGGACUCUUCAGCUAUUGUAUAGUAUUAUGCUAUAUGGCUUUAUGUUUUUUUUUUUUUUGGAAAAGAAUUCUAU